GGCCGCUUUUCAACCACUUCUCAAAAUUCAACCGUAUUGUUCUCUGGCCUUUCCUCCUCGCCAUGCCAGAUCUUACGGAGGAAGCUGGUCCUUCUGAGGCUCGAACCCAGAACGCGCAGCCGACGCAGGUGAAGAAACCCCGCGGAGCAAGGCCACGGCCGCCUGCUCACAAAGCCGGUCUGAAGAAGAAGAGACGGCCGUCGCUGGCGCCUGUGUCCCCAGUGACUCCCGAGAGCGCGACGGUGGAUGUGGAGUGUGCCAAGGCCGAGGAGCUCGGUCCAGAGGAUGGUGCAGAGCCCGGACGGACGUCCAAACUGCCAGAUGCACCAGAUGGAUCACAGCCCGCCAAAGAGCGUGUGAAGAAGGCGCAAGAACUCUUGGACAGGGUCUUCCACAAAACGAACACCAUAGCCGCGCCACUUGCAGAUAUUGGAUCAAGUUGGAUGAGAGUGGCUUGGCUGGGCCUGGUCGCGAUGUCUUGCAUUGUCCCAGGUGCGAGCAUCUUUGUCAUACCGUUCAUGUUUGUCUAUUGCUGCUUGUGGAAGCGGCAUUUGCUGGGUGUGGGCCCUCGCUCACUGAAGUUCUUACCAAUGUUCCAGGAAUUUGGAAUGUGGACUAUUCUCUUUCUGAAUGUGUAUGGCGAUAUUCUGUUUGUCUUUCGAAGCUGGGAGGUCUUUAAGGAGGGCACCAGCUUGCGCUCCAUUGUGGCGCAGAUGCAGAUCAAUCAGAUCUCAGAUAUACUCAGUCUGGGUUCGAUUCUGCUGUGGCGCGUUCUCUCAAUACACAUCAUUGAAGUGUCAGCUCAGGUUCAUUGGCACAAGUGCGAGGCCUUAAGAAAGUGUUCCAGAAACGGCGUGGAUAAAAUUGUGGACGACUUUUCAAAAACCUUCGGAGACAGUUGGCACCUUGAUGAUGAGCAUGUACCAGAUUGUUUUUCGAAGGUGUCCAGGGCACGUUGGUCUGUGCCAUGUGGCUUCGACAAAGUCCUGAUUCGAGCUUCGACGUUUGUGAUGUUUGGAGGGAUGCUGCUUCUGCAGGUGAGGCUUUUGAGGAGCUUGAAGAGCCUUGAGUCACUUGAGACGAGAGUUUUCCUGUCUGGCGGAGUCUCAUGGACAGACCUUUGGGCCUUUGAAGAAGCGAGGGAGUCGUUUUCGGGACCUAUAGAUGGAGUAUCAUGGCCCGAUCUGGUGGUCGUGGUGGCGGCAGCUAUUCCUGCGAGCAUGAGUUGGAACAAUGCGAUUUCUGGAAUCUUUUCAUCAACCUUGGGGAUGAAACGGAAUCGAGUUCAAUUGCUGCUCUUCUCUUGUAUCUCCUCGGGUUCUGUGGAGUACUUGAAUGCAUCAGAAAGGGAAACUUUGGAUUCGAGCGAGUUGAAAGCGGAUUCGGAUUUGAAGUUGAAAUACUUGCACAUCAGGGGAUCCUUGAAGGAGGCUGAAAGGGUUUCGGGUCGGAACGGCAGCCAGGAGGUGCCAGAAACCAACCUUUUUGAUGCCUUGGUUCUGGAGAAGGUGAAGAGUGUCGAGGACGUUGAAGCAUGGUGGGCAGUGCGGAGAUAUAUUCAGAUUGAUUUCAAAGACGAAUCUGCCAUUAUGGAUGCUUGUGGGGCCAUUGUGUUCUUGCUUCUCCUUGGCCUCCUAUUCACCGGCAUCGUGGAAUGGUCUCUUCAUAGCGACCCUUUCUCCCCCGGCUUUUUGUUGAUUCUUAUGCUGUCCUCAGUUCUGACCUUUGCCAUGUUCAGGGUCUUCGAAGUGUGCAUUGGAAUCAAUAAUGUCUUAGACCGGGACACUCUCUUUUUGACGGAGGCCAUGCUCAAGGCAGUGCAUUUACGAAAGCAUUGGGAUCGGACCAAGGUGAUUGCAGCCCUGCAGGCCAUUGAGCGGAGACUGAGUGUCUAUGAUGACAAACAAAAGCUCUUGGGCAUCACAGUGUCUGCCAACUUGCGAAAUGGUUGGAUCGCAUCCCUGGUGGUGACAUUCUUCAGCUGGGGAUCUCGUUUCAUGACACCAGUGUUGUCUCAUUUAGAUGUCGACAAUUUGCAGCAACUGAUUCUGAACAAAACCAAUUUUGUGCGCAAAGGCAAGUAAAUGAAGUCCUGCCUGCAUGCCGCUGCAUGCCGCUGCAUGCCCACAUGGCCAAGCCAUUGUCAAGCCGCAGAAUGCCCGAUGUCCUACGUGGUUGUUUCACCAUUCCAGCAGCCCAAAGAGGCCCCGAAGUGGAGACUGUGUGGCAAGUACUUCUGCGAA